UGCUGGGGGGGAGGACGCUGGUGGGAGCUUGAGAUCUCUCCUGCCCUCCCCGGCCCUGGGGUAAUCAAUCCCCUGAGCUUCCCUGACCAGACAACGUUUUUCUUCAGGUAAGAUGCAGGCUGACAGGCCACGAGAUGCCAUGUCGGCUGUCGGAGCUGCAGGCUUAUACUAAUGGCAAGAAGUAUCAGCGGCUGAUAAAGACAGCCAGAGAGUUCGACUAUGGCAAGUUUGAGCCCCAUAUAGUCCCCAGCACAAAGAAUCUACACCAGCUGUUUUGCAAGCUCACUCUCAGACACAUCAACAAGUUUCCAGAGCACGUGCUGCGUCAUGUCCAAGGGAAGCGCUAUCAGAAGGCCCUAAAAACAUAUGAGGAGUGCCAGAAGGAAGGAGUGGAGUACGUUCCUGCCUGCUUGCGACAGAAGAAGCAGCGGACACCGUACCCUGAUGACCAAGUGAACGGGAGCAGGCAGCCUUACAGAAAAGAGGAGUUCUGGGAGCCAAAGUCCAGCGAUGAGGAUGGAGAGGAGACGGAUGACAGCAUGAGCGACCUGUACCCACCUGCACUCUUCCCAGAAAAAAGCCCAGCAGCUCCACAGACCACAACGGGCAGCGAUGACUUUGCCACAGACAGUGAGGAUGAGGGGGCCAAGCAGAAUGGUGACACGAACAAAGAGGAUGGUGGAAGAAUGGAUGUCAGCAGAGCAGUUGGCAACAAAAGGGGAAAGGUGGGAGUCACGCUGCCUCGUGCAGCAGCAGGGGAACGUGGAACCACGGUCCCAUCCUGUAGGCGUUUGUCUGAUCUAUUCCUGUCUGAGAACCGGCAGAAGGUGCAAAGCUGUUCAGGAGAACAGACUUUCCCCAUGUGCCAGCCACCGACUCGCAUCCUGAGGUGUGAAUUACUACCAGUAAAUGUUUAUCCUGUCUGCUCUAACUAGGGAUGUUCCUGCCUGUAUAAAUAGCUCGUUUUGAUGGGAUCCUGCUGCACAUUCUCUUUAACAGGGAGACCAAAGUGUGUCUUGGGUGUUCCAUCAUCUUCCUCCCCAUAAAUACAGAAACACUAGUUAAACCCUUUUGAAGUCACAGGGUCCUUCUGGACUCUUUUUCUGCCUCUUUUGAGGAGCUGCCCACAGCCUGCCUUACAGGACAUACCCUAUGACAUUCAUAAGGAUGGAUAAACCUUUAACUCUCUGAGGCAGCCCCAGAGGAAGGGGCUGGAUCCUUUGUAACCGCAUCAAACUGGGAAGUUAAGGCUGGAUGAAGUUCAGGCUCAUUUCUCCAGGGGGACUGUCACUGUUUAUCCAAUGAAACUGUAUGCCUGUCAGAGAAGGACAGGGCAAGGAGACGUCCUGGCUGGCUGCUUCUGUCUCUGUGGGUAAAGGAGACCACACUCGGUU